CAUCGAUCUCGUUUUUUCAAGCCUUUUUAUUUGGGGGGUUUUUCUUUUUCCCAAUUUUUUCCUUCCAAAAUUUCCCUUCCUCUUCGAUCUCAAGGGUCUUACCGAGGUUUAUCCAUUUUCAUCAUCAAUUUUCUUUUCCCCAUUUGUGUUUGAAUUCUUGGAUUCCCUCCAUGACCUUCACCUUUCUGUAAACCCUAACAAUCUUCUUCUUAGGGUUUCAAUCUCCUUUCCUCAUCCUGCUGUCUCCUCACCUUUGAAUUCUCCGUGUUUCAUUUUAGAUUUCAUUUCACUUUUUCGAAAUCUAGUGGACGUAUCUGCAUUUCGUGGCCAAUUUUGAAGCUUCUCGUGGCUUACAGGUUCUGUUUGGAGUUAAUUUUGUUCAAGAUUUCCGACCGACCUGUUUCCUUCGGUCCCUGGACGCGAAAACGAGGGAGAAGUUUCUGCAAUUACGUGUCUCAGGCUUGCUGUUUCAAUUUAUUAUGGAUAGGCUAGAAUGAGAGUUUUGUUCUUUAUCAAAGUUGAGGUUUGAUUGGUAGAUGGGUGGUUUUGGCGGUUAAUAAUGGGGUGAAUCUCGCAGUCCCAGUUAAACCUAAAUGACACGAGGAUUUGAAUAUGAGCCAUGGAGGUGGGAACAUUACGAGAGAGAAUGAAAACCAAGUGGAUCGUUUUAGGAGAGGUGGAGGUGAUGAUUUCGGGCGACAGGUGUCGAAGAUUGCAGCAGCACAGAUAUGUCAGAGUCUGGGAUUUCAGGGAUCGAAGGAGUCUGCCAUGGACACACUUGCGGAAAUUGUAGUAGUAUACCUUAGUGAUUUGGGAAAGAUGGCGAGUUUCUAUUCUAACUUAGCUGGUAGAACCGAGUGUAAUGUGUUUGACAUUGUUAGAGGAUUUAAAGAUUUAGAAGCACCAGGGUCGUCUCAUCAAGAUGCUGAGGUAAGCCGUUGUCUUGCAGGUUCACGUACAAUUCAAGAAAUUUUUGAGUAUGUGAAUUCAGUGCAAGAAAUUCCAUUUGCUCAGCCGGUACCACUGUUUCCUAUUAUUAAGAGCUGCAAGGUACUGCCGAGUUUCAUUCAAAUGAAGGAAACACCUCCCAGCAAGCAUAUACCCAAUUGGCUACCUGCUUUUCCUGAUCCCCACACUUACAUUUAUACGCCGGUGUGGAAUAAGAGGACGACAGACCCUCGCACUGACAAGAUUGAGCAAGCAAGGCAGAGGAGAAAGGCAGAGAAGUCAUUGUUAAGUCUGCAGCAGAGAUUAAUAGUUAAUACUGGCAAUCUAGAGGAAGAAUUACCUAGUUUUGAUAGUAACACAUCCCAUGAUAUAGAGUUGCAACCGAGGGAGAAUGUUGUUUCUGCGGUCAAAUCCUCUCUUAAACAUUCGGAUAAUGUUUUUGACGAAAGCAGUCGUGUGUUAGAGGCAUUUGCUCCGGCCAUAGAAGCGGUUAAAGGAAGUGGUUUUUAUGACGAUGAAGAGGGUGAGAAGAAGGCUCUUCCCAUUGUUAGGCCUGUUGUUCAAUUUAAGUUCAAAACUGGGAAGAAGCUUCUUGGUGAUUCUUUGGAUUUGAACAUUCAAAAGAAGGGAAUGGGUAGAACAGUGUACUUGGUUGGUCGGGACGAUGAGAGGGAUGAUAAGAAACGGAGAGCCGAAUACAUUCUUAGACAGUCUGUGGAGAAUCCGCAAGAACUCAAUCAGUUGUGAAUAAAUAUAUUGACUGGCGUUCAUAAUUUAAUCUAGGUAUUUGGUAUUAGCUGGUGCAGUUGUUGCUUUAGUUUACAACAUAUCUUCCUUGUAGUACGGCCAUUCUUGUAUUUUACAUUGAGUUUCUUGUAUUUCCACUCAGGAAUUUUUCAGAGAUGCAAAUGCUUGUGAAAAAUUUAUUGAGAAGGUUUCACGUC